GGGGGUUUUUUUUUUUUUUUUUUAAGAAAUUCAAUUCCAGGAAGAAAGACCUGCAAACUACAACAAGUCAACAGCCCAAAACUGUGAUGUACUCUCGCCUGUCACUCAUAGCCAGACAUAUUUCCAGGCCUUUACCCAGCCUUUCCCAACGUACACCGAUCGUCAAAUCUCGUCUUGUCAACUUCGUCAUGGCUUCGGCGGAUGAGCGCAACUCGCGCACCAUCCACACGGCAGCCUGCCUCAUCAUUGGUGAUGAAGUUCUCGGCGGCAAGACCGUCGAUACCAAUUCCAACACAGUUGCAAAGUGGUGCUUCGACCUGGGCAUCAAUUUGAAGAGGAUCGAGGUCAUAGAAGAUGACGAGUCUGAAAUUAUAGAGGCGGUGCGCCGGAUGAGUGAUCGCUACGACUUUGUCGUGACGAGCGGCGGCAUAGGUCCGACGCACGACGACAUCACCUAUCAAUCUAUAGCCAAGGCAUUUGGGCUGCCGCUCAAGUUGCACAAUGAUGCAUAUGAGCGGAUGAAGAAGCUUUCAAGGCCGCAUCCUUCGCAGCCCAAGUUCAACUGGGAUGAAGACUCGCCAGCGAAGCGUGCCAAGCUGAGAAUGGUAGAACUGCCCACGGACGAGAGCCGUGAUAUGGAUAAACAAUUUUUGUUCCCCCAAGAGGAACUUUGGGUUCCUGUGUGUGUCGUCAACGGCAACGUGCAUAUCCUUCCGGGAGUUCCCAGGCUCUUCGUCUCUCUCUUGGAGGGUCUGAAGCCCUACAUUGUACCACGACUAGUCGAUCCGGAAGGAAAGGGUAUCUGUCGAGUUAUGAUCUCGACGCCCUUGGCUGAAAGCGCCAUGGCUGAGUACCUGACUGAGCUGGCGGCCAAGGUUGAACCACAGGGUGUCAAGGUGGGCAGCUACCCAAGGUGGAACAAGAAGCGGAAUACAGUAACGUUGGUUGGCAAGGACAAAGCAUUUAUCGAAAGUCUCAUCCCAGAGGUCACCAAGAACGUCCAAGGCCAGGUGAUCACUGUCGAGGGGGAAGACGACGACCCGAAAGACAAGGACCAGGCUGUCUCGCAGUAAAAGUGUUCUAGAAACACGGUAGAAAGUUAUAGACUCCGCUGUGCAUGCUCGAUGCCAAGAGCAGACAGUCCUGUCAAAGGAACUUGGAGAUCUGUGCCUUUCAGACGACUGCUUAUUUUUGAAUGUGGGCAAUGACUCUGGCAUCUUCUCGACCGUUUGAGCGAUCUCGGUGGGGUAUGCACUUGUAAGUGGUAAUAGGACUGGAUAAAAUCUGCGCCCCUGAACUAAACAUGCCAGAGCAAAUGAAAUACUACCUAUCGAGCUAUAUUCAUGUCUCAUAAAUCUUCAACAAGAUUGGGGAGUAACGAUCGGAAUAUGCAAUCCGAAAAAGAAAGCUCCAUGCCAAGGCAGUAAGACGUUGAGCUCAAGGAUUAUGGUUCCAAUAGGAAGGACUUUGGUCAGGGGUAAAUGAAUAAUGGAGGGUGGGCCAUAAGUGACCAUGAUUGUGAUUAUUGUGGUUGGAUAUGGUUUUGUGUGUUACUACUACUACCUGUAUUUGCUGCAGUACUGAGCUACGUACGCUACAGAUCGCGUGUCUCUGUAACCUCAGGGAGUAAGCCCACGACAGCCAGGGUACAUAGAAUCCGGAACAUGCCACAAUAAAAGAGGAAGC